GAGUGUGCACUUUUUCGGCAUCGCUUGUUCUCGCUAUGAUGCGAAUGCGUGAAUAUUGACGAGUACUAAAAUUGACAACAUCAUUAUUUAACUUGCUUUCACUCUCACUAGUAUUUUCCUCUUCUUACGAAAAAAUAAACUCAAAAAUGGAAGCAUUUAGCGAAAACAAUCCGCAACAAAUCGCAGAAGCGGAAACAGAGACAAUGUCAACUACAUUGACAGAUGAACAAGAUCAUGAAACUGAUUUGAUUGCACUUAGUGGAUACGGUCUUGAAAUAGUCUGGCAAUAUCCCAUGAAUAUAACUCAUUGCGUUGUGCCAAAUUGCAAAAUAGUAUAUGAAACGCGAUCACAAGCAAUAAACCAUUACCGAGAGCGACAUGCGCCAUUUUCAAUCCUUUGUCCAGAGUGCAAUCGACCGAUAUCAAAACAAAAAUCUAAUUUUAUCGGUCAUUAUGAAAAAAUGCAUCCGAAUGUAAAAGUACCAUAUUUUGUUGAUAGAACGAAGCAAAAUAUUAGAAAAGUGUCGAAAAGUGAUCCAACGAAUGCUAUUGAUGUCGAUGAUUUGAUCGAACUGAAGGGAUUUGGUGUAAUUACCAAAUGGCACUAUCCAGACAUAAAUAAUUGUGCCGUUAAUGGUUGUGGUUUGGCAUUUGGACAUCGUUCCUUAGCUAUUGACCAUUAUCGAAAAUGCCACGCCGAUAAUUUCAUUCUUUGUUCAAUUUGUAAGCCUAAUAAGCCCAUUUCCACACACAAUGCCUUGCCCCAUUACAAAAGAUCACAUCCAGAUGCGGAAAUUCCAUGGAUUCAGAGUGAAAAAGUUAUAAAUGUUCCAAGCGAACGAACAAAGGUCAACGAAUUGAAUUUGGUAGAAAAUAACCAGAAGAGAAUUUAUAUUGACGAAGAUGAUAUAAUCCCACUUGUUGCACGUGGAAUUGAAACGUAUUGGUCAUUUCCAAAAAGCACUGGUAACAUCUGUCCAAUUGGGGUAUGCAAAUUAAAAUGUGCAUCUCGCGAAGAUGCGAUAAACCACUUCAAAGACCAACAUGCCAAUCAUUCAGUUCUUUGUUCUAUUUGUGACAAACCAAUUUCUGUCCGGAGUAACGCAGAUUAUAAGUUGCAUUAUCAACGAUUACAUCCAAAUAAAAGAGUUCCGCAUAGAAUCGGAAACUUAAAGAGACAAGCGAAUGUCGGAAGAAAAAGGCAAGAAAUCCAGCAUAAAUUUUGCCCAUGGAAAGAAUGCUCAUUUAAAGCGGCCAGUAUAGGCGAAGUAAGUGAUCACUGGGAAAGAGUACAUCGCGUGCAAGGAACCGAUUCAUGUUCAAUGGAACAGCACAGCAGUCAUUCAAGCCAAACGAUUGAUGAUGAAACGCCUGAAUCAUCUGUUGAGCAAAGUAAAAGUCUGCCAGAUGAUGGUUUAUUGAUGUCAAUUCAGACGAGAACUGAACCUGAAGGUUCGAACAAUCAAGCGAAUUUAUAUUUCAACUGCUUGAAGUGCAGCCAUUCAUUUGAAAGCAUAGUUAAUUUGCGCGAACACAUAAUGGAAAUGCACAGUACUCAAUCAAUUGAAUUGACAAAGAGAAAACGAGACACUUCUACCAAUACCAACAAAUCGCUCGAUUCAGCGAAUGUUACCAAGAAACGUAAAUUGGUUUGCGAUUCUCCGAUUGAGAUAUCUGACCAUUCCAUAAUUGUCAAUAAAAAUGAUGACGGUGAAGGUAGUACGGGGUGUGAAAUGGUCUUCAGAGAGAUUGAAUCUACAAACAAAAACGGGGAUGUACAAAUGGAUUCAGAACCAUUUGAAAAUGAAAUGGAAGUUGAAUAUGCGACACCAGUGAUUGAAAAUCUACCGAAUAAUAGCAUAAUAUGUCUAUCUGAUGGAGAUAACGAAGAUGAGACUACCAAUCUUUCGGAUUUUGAGAGGGGCGUCGUCAGUAAUUCAACGUUUGUGCCAGUAGACAACAGUCAUCUCAAAACACACGUCAAAACUAUGCAAGUGCUUAUGAUGUAUCAACCCAAAGUGGCUACUGUUGAAAUACCAAGAGACAACGGAACUGAAUCUUCAGAAGACCAAACAAACGUAGAACAAGCAGCUCAAUCUAAGAACCAUGAAGUAUUUGGGGAUGAAUCGCAGGAGAACGCAGUGCAACGGCUUUACACAGAUAUUCAACGCACUGACGUGAAUUGGGAGGCUUUAUUGGAAUAUGCCAAACAUUUCCUAAAUGAUGACAUGGCCCUCAAAGAUCUACAAAUACAAAACUUUUCUGAAUAUUUGAAGUAAUUAUUUUACUAUAAAACGAAAAAAACUGAAAAAAUGUCAAUAUUACUACAAAAAAAAAAACUGUUAUCUUAUUAAUUUAUUAUCAAGUCU